GUCACUGCCUGGGCUGCUUCAGUCUUAGGGAUGGGGGAUUAGUGCCUGCACCGUCCAACUACCUGUGUGGCCCCCGCAUGGAGGACAGCGGACAGGGAGAUGCGUUUGAUGCAGGACACUUCUUCUGGUGUAUUAUCCGGGCGACGAAUGCCUCCGCAGCAUUUCCUCGGACAUGCCGAAGUUACGACAUUUUAUUGACAACAUAUACCAAGGCAUCGCAUGUGCCCACUUUUUUUUCUGUGAAUGCGCCUUUAUGAGAAACCCUCAGGCUCGUCACCCUGGCCGGGAUUCCCCGCAGUAGUUUCAACAAGAGACGAGGAGAGACAAGACAGACACAACGCACGCACAGACACACACAUUCACACACACUCUCUGCAAAAAUGGACAAAGAAAGUACGGGUACUCAGUAUGAACCCGUGGCCGAGAUCGGCGAGGGCGCGUACGGGAAGGUGUACAAGGCGAGAGAUCUGAAGAACGGAGGACGCUUCGUAGCCCUGAAGAGGGUUCGCGUCCAGACGGAGGAAGAAGGGAUGCCUCUCUCCACCAUCCGGGAGGUGGCGGUACUGAGGCAGCUGGAGGCAUUCGACCACCCCAAUGUUGUGAGGUUGUUUGACGUGUGUACGGUCUCGCGGACCGACAGAGAGACCAAGCUCACCCUGGUCUUUGAGCACGUGGAUCAGGACCUGACCACCUACCUGGAGAAGGCCCCCGAUCCCGGAGUACCACCCGAGACCAUCAAGUAUAUGAUGUACCAGUUGCUCCAGGGACUGGACUUCCUGCACUCGCACCGAGUGGUACACCGCGACCUGAAGCCCCAGAACAUCCUGGUGACCAGCGGAGGGCAGAUCAAACUGGCCGACUUUGGUCUCGCCCGCAUCUACAGCUUCCAGAUGGCGCUCACCUCUGUGGUGGUGACACUGUGGUACAGAGCCCCAGAGGUGCUGCUCCAGUCCAGUUACGCCACACCGGUGGACCUGUGGAGCGUCGGCUGCAUCUUCGCCGAGAUGUUCAGGAGGAGACCGCUUUUUCGAGGAAACUCAGAUGUUGAUCAGCUGGGGAAGAUUUUUGACGUUGUUGGGGUACCUUCAGUGGAGGACUGGCCCCAGGAAGUGGCUCUGCCACAGAGUGCGUUCACAUCCCGGCACCCGAAGCCCAUAGAGGACUUGGUCCCAGACAUGGACGAGCAAGGACGGGCCCUCUUAAUGCAAUUCCUCGCCUUCAACUCCUCCAGGAGGGUAUCGGCCUUCGUCGCGCUCAGCCACCCCUACUUUCAAAGUGUGGACAGCCGCAGUAGGAGUGCGUACGCCGCGCAGCCGAUCCCGAGCAACAAGCCCACUAUGGAGGAGAGGACUGCCUGACUGUCCUCCUUCACCCUUAAUCAUCCGUGCAUCGUCGAUAAAAAGUAUUCCGCGCACCCCGCCCUGGUGUGUUUUUCAAGUUUUAUUGUUUUUACAACAUUAAAUCAAAGUGUGUUAAUAAAGUUUUUUUUUUUGGCACUGAUAUACAGAUAAAUCUUAAAUGUCCAAUCGAGAAUAAAUAGUUUAGAUGGAUGUGAUUUAAGUCCAAAUGUAAAAAAUUGAUGCGUUUGUCACGUUGACAUAUAGACGCACCUUUGGCAUCUUCUACAGGCUUGAAUCUAUAUGAUUAAAUCUUUUCACAUGCUUCUUUGCGUGAGGCCUUAAGCUGAGGUUGCAUGGUGAGUGUAAGUGAACAGCAAUUUUCAAGUUUCUUAAAGAAAUUCUGUCUGGAUUGGGAUCUGGCCAUUUGAGCGUUGGGAUUUCAAAGGCGGGUGAUGUGCAGCUUAAAAAUAUUUUAUUUUCUCCCAUCACGAAUGAAAGAUUCUUGCGUAUUGUGCUGCCUUCAUUCGACCCUCUGCCAUCACUACGACACAAUGCCAUCAGCAUCAGGCCUAUGAUUGAGUUUGUUGGUCAAAAAGCUCUAUCUUGGCCUCAUCCCACAGUGGAGCCUGCAAGGGAAAGCCUCCAGGCAGCAGUUUCUGUAGGGUCGGGGCCUCCCAUCUCAGUGAGGGGACCUUGUACCUUCUUAAGUGACGUCAUUGUGGCCUUUAGGCCUCUGCACACAUAACCUUUAGUUUUUGAGGACGACCUGCUCUACACAGAUGUAUACACUAUACUUAAGUGCCUUCUUUUUUUUACUGGUACCUUAACUCAAGUUUUCUUUAUACCUUGUUGUAGAUGGGGUUCAGCUCUGCAGAAACGUUUAAAUCCAUUUUUAGAGAUUUGUUUUCUCUACAUCUUUAAAAGCGACUUGUUUUUUUUACGAUGAUCAGUGUCAAAAAAGCUUAAUCAACACAGAUUUUGCAUUCGACAACAUGAACCAAGGGGGGCUAUUUUUGUAUAGCCAAUGUACACAACUUUAGGAAAGCACUCCUGAAGAGAGGGCAACAACAGUGCCAAGAAAGACGACACCAGCGCGCCCACCCACUGAAAAAUGCACAAAAGCUAUCCUCUUUCCAUGAACUGAUGGAUUGUAAUUGCUGCUUUUAGGUUGUUAAAUGUUGACUGUGUUAACAAUGCAAAAAAAAAAAAAGAGACUUGCAUCGUUGACGUAGUAGUGGGCGAGCAGACUGUAGAGGCCAUGAAGCAGAGGCCUCCUCAUGACCAGUGUUUAGACACCCCCACCCACCCCCACCCCCCGUUGACUGGGGGACCGGACCACACAGGACUCUGGGUGAACGGCCUGGAUCUCACCUGCUUGCCGUGGGUGUGUGCGGAGAGCAGUACAAGAUAUGUACAAAAUAUUUUUAAUGUGUGUGUGUGUGUGUGCACUACCACUGGCGUUGGCACGCUUAUGUACACACCUACUUAUCGAAACCUUGCUUGGCGUCACGAGCCAGCCCCUCACUGCCAUGUUGUGUCUAUGAUUCCAGUCCAGAACGCGGCCCACAGUGGCGCCACCUUGAGGAUGUCCCGAGUAGCCACAGACCAGUAGCAGGAUUCUAAUGGUUUCUGCACUCUCCUGGGAAAUAACGGGCUGAUAUCGGUCCUGCCACUCACUAGUUUGCCAUCAUGGGUUUUAUCGUUAUAAGAUACAAUUAUUUACUAUUGGAAUGUUACAGUAAUGCACAGGCUUGCAAUGGGUGGAGAAAGUCCCACCAGCACUAUUUGACAUGAAUACAUUUGGCACAGAAUAGUGUCGCCAAUCUUCUGUAUUUAAUUUAAAUUUUAUUGACAAGUCUUAUGUGCUUGUUUUUAAUCAAGUUGAUACUUGAUUGAAAGAUGCUGUAGCAUAGAAUGUUAUUACAUCAACUAGAAUGUGUGUAAGUAAGAAUUGUUUUGACAGUGUAAGAAAUGUAGGAUUGGCAGUGGUACUGUACAGUGUAGAGAGCUAAACUUUUGAUAUGCGCAUCGUCAGCCUAUAGAAGGGUCAUACAAAUGGAUAGAUGUAGGGUAGAGAGGGUCUGUGGAAUGUUGUUUGGCAAGAGUAUUUUGGUCCAGUGAAAAUCUUUUGUGGCCUCUGUGGGUGCUUGUUGCAUUUCAUUUGCUUUUAAGCUUUUGAUCAUGAAAUAAUGCACAAAUAUUUAGUGUACAGUUUUUGCAGAUUUUCCAGUCAUGUCCAGUUGCAUUAAAGUUCAGUUAUUUUUUACCAGAAAGGAAAAAGCAAGUAAUGCAGAAUUGUAUUUUUGUAUGUAGUAGUUCUUUACAGAACAGUAACAUAUUUUAACACUGGUUUACCUUUUCUUAACAGGUAGUGCUGCUGGCACAGACACACACACACACACACACAUACAGACACACACUCUGACUUUCUCAGGUUUUCGGGCACAGUUUGCACAUCUCUGGGCUUCUAACUGACCGCAUCACAACUCCUUCAGGUUUUCUUUUCAAGCUGUUCCAUGAUCAUGUCAUUGAUCACAGUCUACUGUCAUUGCUAUUUAUCAAUUAUAUGUUACUGUAGUCAUUACUGUCUGAAGAUAACUGCCUGUAUCAACAGUUUUUUUUCCCCACCAGAAUCUUGUAAUUGCUAGAUGGGGCAUCACAGUGUUGGUUCAUGUAUAAUUGUCUGCUUGACUAAGCACCGUGUGAAAUGUUUGAUAACGAUUCACAUCUGUUAUCCGGGGGGGCGCACAGUGUAUUAUUGAAAACAAUGACUGUUAACACAUUUCAAUCUCAGAACACCAGCUGAAGUCAGCUGUUGAGCUUUCAAACUUGAACGUUUUUGAAACCAACGUGGCUUCAUCCAUCGUAUAACUCAAAUUACACAUUAUGUUACUGUGACAUAUUUCUUAUUAGCAUACGGAAAUGGCAACUGGGAACAACAUAAUGGUGGAUUUAUACUUGUGUAUGAAUGCAGGCAUUGGUGUCUUGUUAUUGUGUCGCACCAGUUGAAUAAAAAACCAGCUUUUGUGA